AUCUGUCCACAGUGCUCUCAGAUAAGUCAUGUAGGACAUAGGAGUACUGAUAUAGUUCACAUAGUAGUCUGUUUGUUGUCUUCCUCUCAUAUCCGCUCUUGCUUUUUUCUUUUCCCACAAUUUUCCUUCAACCAAGCCAUACAUCUAGCAGCCUUACCUUCUUUCCCUCUGUCCUUCUCCUGUUUCAUUUUCCCUCUUAAUCUCUCUCCAUCUUCCCCUUUCCAGUCUACCUGAAUCUUGCUGACCUUCAGUGGCGAUCGGCCGCCCCUAGCCAUCUGUCGACAUGCAAGGAUUCUACUCCAAGCUCGACUCGUCCCCGUUACUGGGGGUGGGCCUCGGGGGAGAGGGCGCCCCCGUGCCUCUCAGCCUGGCUGUGGAGACCGAGAAAGCGCAGGCCCUCCUACAGACGUUCAGCUCCGCCUCUCUGCUGGCGUCGGCGGGUCUGGGUAUGUUCUGCGUAGUGGCGGACCACGCCCUCCAGCUGUCUCUUAUCCAGCAUCACCUGUGGCUGCGUGCAGCCUUGGACAACGCCACGCACGGAUUGGUGGGGUUGUGGUCAUGGGCGGUUGUUAUUGGACUAAGGAAAAAGAGUGAUCUGUAUGAGGUGCUGCUGGCAGGUCUUCUGGCUUCAAUCAUAGACCUGGACCACUUCUACAUGGCUGGAUCCCUGUCUCUCAAGGCUGCUGUGUCGCUCCCUCAGCGUCCCCCUCUCCACUGCUCCUCUCUCAUCCCUGUCCUCUGUCUCUCCCUCCGCUUCCUCAUGUGGAUCGGACGCCUCAAAGAUGCUUGGUGCUCCUUGCCGUGGAUGCUCUUCAUCUCCAUGGCAACGCACCACGUCCGGGAUGCUGUACGCCAUGGUUUGUGGGUGUGCCCAUUCGGCAACACAGCGCCGCUUCCCUACUGGCUGUACGUGAGCACCACAGCGACACUCCCGCACCUGUGUUCAGUGCUCAUGUAUCUAACAGGAACCAGAGAUGUGAUCUCUACCAAACACGGAGUGGCUAUAGAUGUUUAGAGGUCACCAACAUCACUGUUCACCUCUAAUGCUGACGUGGAGGUGACCUGUUUUAAGCUGUUUUAAACAACUUUUAGAUACUUGAAAUUACUGGACAUUUGCGACACUUGAGGCAUGUUAAAAGUGGAACUGGCACUUGAAAAAUGAACUUAAGAAACAUGUUUUAAGCUCAAAAGGCUCCCAAUAACGAGGAACAAUCUCCAUAUAUUUAAAGGGAACAAAAAAAUAUUACAGUAAAUAUACACACUAAAUAUUUGGUUUGGAAACCUGUGUAAAAAUCAGCUUUUCAGAUAAGAGAACAAUCUAAAAUUAGUGCCAAACAUGUUUUUUUUAAUUUUCUUUCAGAUGUUUUAUUUAUUUGUCAUCUAUCAAAGUCUUGCUGACUUGUGUGGAGAGUGACGCUUAACUCGAAAGCAAGUGUUUCGGAGUGUCCCUUUAAAGCUUUGACAUAUCGUCUGCCCAGAGAUUUAAUCUCCACCAAUCAUAGAGGUGUUUCGCAUUAAUUCUUCACCCCUGAAUUUGUCCUCACUUGAACCUAUCCCCCUCCGUCCUCAGCAAAAGAAAGAAAGAAUGAAUCAUCAAGAGGAUUUUGUAUUUUACUGUCAGUCUAGUAAGUGUAUGACGUCUGUCAUACAGUGACCUCUUUCUAUUGAACACCAAACAAAAAGAUGAGAAUCAAAAGAUGAAACUGGAAAGAAGAAUGUUUUAAACAUUUAAGGGAAUUGUUUUUUUUUCAGUAGUGUGUAUCUUCAUAUUACAUGUUCAUAUUUAAAGAAAUAUAAAAUGAAAAAAGUCACUGCUGCAUUAACUUAACUAUAUAUUGUUCCACUUGUUUUUGCUAUGAUGCUACUGUACUGACAAUUAUUGACACUGUACUGUACAGUCCACAUGCUGAAAUUCUCACUUGGCUUUGUAAUGGUGAAAUAAAGGACACAAGCUGUUUUUAUUUGAACAGUUAAUCCUGCAUUAAUUGUAUCAUCCACAAUGACAUUUAGAGAAGUUUGUGGUUUAGAUACGUACAUUCCAUGACUGUAUUGUUAACUGCGUUGUAAAUGAUGCAUAAUAAUACUAUGUCAUAAUAGAGAGCACUGACUGGGCAUUUAGAUACUUGUGUUAUUUGAAUGCAAUGGACAUGUUUUCAGUGUAAAAGGGAUCUGGUGCAGCAAGAUGGUGGAACAUCAGCUACAGAAAAUAUGAACAUUUUGUGGGGUUUUUUAACUUUUUCGGUCACUCUUGUGAAGCAGUUGGUUAAGUGAAGUUGUUAAAAUAGUAGUAGUAAGACAAGUCGACCACUAGGUGGCUGCAGGGAGCCAUAGUGAAUUUUGAGUUUCACUUUUGAUAAUUAGCUUCUUUUUUUCCUGUUGAGUGAAGAUUAGUGAGGAAUCCCUGCUUAGGAGUCAGGAAUUUGAGAGAAAAUAUAGGAUGAAAAAUAUAUAAUGAAUACGAUAUUGAAAGAUAAAGCAAAGUAAAUUUGGUACAAAUCAGGUCCUAAAGUUUGCACAUUGAAUUGAUAAAAUGUUGGAGCAUAUGACUUUAAUUUCAAAAUGUGUUUUUUUGGUUGUUUGUUUUUUUGCUUUGCUAUUGCACAAUUAUUUGUAUUUCAGUUCUUCAGGAAAUAUUUCCUUUUAAUCUCUCGGAAGGUACAAAGUUUGGAAGUAUUUUUUGUUACAAAACAAUUGAUUGAGAGGUUGGACUUCUACAUAAAACUCCGAUGGUCUCCUUUCUUGGUCCCAUUUUAUUUGAGGUUUAAUUUUCGUCCUCUUUUACUGCUGCUUAUGUUUACAAUGUGAACCUAAUUUUGAAUUUUGCACAUUUGAGUUUAUGUUUAAAUUAUGUUUUGUAUUUGUUUUUUUUUCUUAAUGGCAAAGUUUUGUUUUUAAUAGUAAAAAAGUUAAAAUAGUAACUGCAUAGUUUUAAUGUAGUGUUCUUUUUAUCUCAAUAAAAUGGCCUAUAUCCUCAAUCUCUGUGUUU